CACGCUGCUUUUUGGCGGCCAUUUCUCUCGGAGUGCCGCGACUCCGGGCCUAGAGCGGCUGCUUCGAUCACGAGGGACGGACAACAGCUGGGUCGGCGGCGAGGAUCCUACACCAUUCACCCGUAGUCACGAUGAGUUUACCCCUCAAUCCCAAACCUUUCCUGAACGGAUUAACAGGAAAGCCAGUGAUGGUGAAACUUAAGUGGGGAAUGGAGUACAAGGGCUACCUCGUAUCUGUAGAUGGCUAUAUGAACAUGCAGCUUGCAAAUACAGAAGAAUACAUAGAUGGAGCAUUGUCUGGACAUUUGGGUGAAGUUUUAAUAAGGUGUAAUAAUGUCCUUUAUAUCAGAGGUGUUGAAGAAGAGGAAGAAGAUGGGGAAAUGAGAGAAUAGCAUCUUUUUGUGGGGGAUUUUUUUUUUAUAUAUAUAUAUUUCUAGACAAUAAAGAUUUGUUUGUUUUUCA